AUGAGCAACACUGCACAACGUUUAAAGUCGAGAGGAACCUCCUUCCUCAGACAAGUCAAGGAUAUUGGUAACAUUGCAGUUUCGUCCUUUGAUGACAUCAAAAUGAGUAUGGCAAAGGCUACAAAUCAAGAUCCGGUUCCACCAAAGGAAAAACAUGUAAAGAAAUUAAUUCUUGCAACGGAAACUAACAGAGAACUAAAUAUGGUUGAAUUUGCCAAAGCAGUUUGUAGAAUUUACAGAAAAAGCAGUGACUGGCUAACAGCUUCUAAGGGCUUGCAGCUACUGCACCGUAUUGUUCAAGAGGGAUCCACCGAAUUUUGUGAUGCAAUCGUUCAAAACGACCCUGAAAAACGUUUCAACAUGUCCAAAUUUAAGGAUAGACACACAAGCGAGGCUAUGGAUCAAUCUCCACUCGUAAAACAAUACUGUAGAUAUCUUGAGGAGAGACUUAUUCUGUACCGUAUUUAUCAACUCAAGUCAUUACUUCCUGAUAUGACAUUGGAUGCAUACGUGUCAUCAAACGACAUGAAGGAUGGAAAGAAAUCCAUUCUCAACAAUGGAGCAGCUGUUGGAUGUUUCACUUUAUGUUUGGAUGACAGUUUUGUUCUUUACAAAUUGUUGAGCGAUUGUGCAACCAAAAUUUUAGAUGAUUUCUACAAGAUUCCAUUAUCUCUUGCUAAGAGAGCACUCGAAGUUUACCAGAAAUACUGUGGAGCAAUGAAACGUUUGGAAAGCAUGUUCGAAUUUAGCAAAAAUGUAAAUCAAAUCUUCCUAAAGUCCAAACCACCUUCUUUAAAAUUCAAACCUGAGAGUGUUUUGGAUCCAAUGCGAGAAUAUGUCGAAUCACAAGGGGUACAAAGAGAAAACUCACCGGAGAUCAUUCAGAAGUUCCAACAACUGAUCUUUCAAGCAUUUUGUCAAAGAAUGAAUUAG